ACUAGAAUGCACCUAAUAUUCAAGUAAACUCUAAGCAAAGACAAUUGCACAAAAACAAUUUAUACAGUACACAAGAGAGAAUGUCUCAUCACUCCACCGUGCAAGCACUGUGUAAUAAGAUGGGCAACCAAUUCUUCUACACAAAUUUGCUAUUCAUUUUCUACAUCUCAUGCCAUUAUUAUGUUUCUGUUGCUCAAACUGAAAAUUCCACUUUGUCAAUCAAAGCUGUGAAUCUUGGAAAUUGGCUUGUCAUAGAAGGGGCGAUGAAACCUUCUCUCUUUGAUGGAAUAACCAACAAAGAUCUUUUGGAUGGAACUCAAGUUCAGUUCAUGUCUGCCAAGUUACAGAAGUAUCUCUGCGCAGAACAUGGGGGAGGAUCCAUUGUUGUUGCUAACCGCACCAAAGCUUUGAGUUGGGAAACUUUCAGGUUGUGGAGGGUCAAUGAAUCAGCCUUCAAUUUCAGAGUGUCUAACAAGCAGUUUGUGGGAUUGGGAAAUCAAGCUGGAGCAAACAAAUUAGUGGCUGGUUCAGACUUACCUGGCAACAUGGAAACAUUUCAGAUUGUGAGAAAUGAUGGUGAUCCAAAAAAGAUUCGCAUCAGAGCACCAACUGGUCUGUUUUUACAGGCCAUAUCAGAGACUCUAGUGACUGCAGAUUAUGAAGGAUCCAGCUGGGAGGAUAAUGACCCUUCAGUCUUCAAAAUGAUAAUUUUGAAUCACACCAUAUUAAAAGGCGAAUACCAACUUACAAAUGGUUAUGGCCCAGACAGAGCUCCAACAAUCAUGCAGGAUCACUGGAAUACAUAUAUCACUGAAGAUGAUUUCAGAUUCAUAUCAACAAAUGGCUUAAAUGCUGUUAGAAUUCCAGUUGGGUGGUGGAUAGCUCAAGACCCAACACCACCAAAGCCAUUUGUAGGAGGAUCCUUGGAAAUACUUGACAAUGCAUUCACAUGGGCACAAAAGUAUGGAUUGAAGGUAAUUGUGGACCUGCAUGCUGUUCCAGGUUCACAAAAUGGACAACCUCACAGUGCAACAAGAGAUGGAUAUAGAGAAUGGGGAGAUUCAUACAUACCUGAUACUGUGGCAACCAUAGAUUUCCUAGCUGAAAGAUAUGCUGACAGUGAAACACUACUUGCAAUAGAGCUGAUGAAUGAGCCUCAAGGCGUUAAUUUGCAAAGCCUUAAAAAGUAUUACCAAGCAGGUUAUGAAGCAGUAAGAAACCACUCAUUGAGUGCUUAUGUGAUCAUGUCUAACCCUCUGGAUAGAGAUUCAAGAGUGCUCCUGCAAUUUGCUGGAGCUUUCAGUGGAGUAGUCAUUGAUGUGCAUUACUACAAUUUCUUUUCGGAUAAAUUCUCCAAAAUGAAUGUGCAGCAGAACAUCGAUUAUAUUAAAAAAUACAGAGCUUCAGAUCUUAGCUCUCUUACCACAUCUUAUGGACCCCUCGUAUUUGUAGGGGAGUGGAGUGGUGCCUGGAAAGUGCAGAAUGCAUCAAAGAAAGAUUACCAACAAUUUUUGCAGAUUCAAAAGGAGGUAUACUCUCAUGCCACGUUUGGAUGGGCUUAUUGGGCGUACAAAUGUGACUCUAACUACUGGAGCCUCAAGUGGAUGAUUGACAACAAUUAUGUCAAGUUUUAGUGUGUUAUAGAUGGCAAUUGAAAUAGGUGCAAGUGUAAUUUAAAAAAUAAGAUAAGAUGCUACUGUCAUAUAUGUAACCUACACUUGAAAAACAUGUAAUUUACAACCAACUAGUGCUUUUUAGUUAAUGAACUUCUAAACAAUCAUUGGCUAAAUAUUAUGUGCAACUUACUGCACUUUCAGCUA